UAAAUUAUUUUCAUCUCCAUUGUUUGAUUACGGAAGGAAAACGAAAAAAAUGAGUUUCGGAGAGUUGCAGCCGAUAUUCGGGAGAGUGGUUGGAGAGUGGUCAGGGUCGCCGCCGCAGUCCUCACCGGCGCCGCCGUUUCUGUAUCAGGUGCACGGCAGCGGAAAUGACGAUUCUGCCCUCCGAAUAAUCGCCACCGAUUUCCAGUCCAAUACAUUUCAGGUCAUCAAGUCGAGCCAGCAGCUCGAGGAUUUGAGAGAUGAUAUUGGAAUUGGUGGCUCGUGGUCCGAUUUUGUAGACUACGUCACGGCUUCCCUGAGAUCUGGAGAUGUGAAGCUUAUUAUGGAGGGUUCGUCGGAGUCAGGCGGUGCUACUUAUGCAAAAUUAAUUGCCCAAAAAGCAAAAGGAAUGCCGCGAAUCUCUUUUUCCCUUGGAAAACUUGUUCAUGGUGCUGCUGGUGAGGCAAUGGCCGAACUUUCGUUGGAGCUGUACAAAGAAUUCAAGGAUGUACAGAGUUCACUUACAGAAGAGCAAGAAAGCAAAUGUCAGUUGACAAAAACUGUAGCAGCUGAAAAGGAAAAGAAUGUCACUCUCCAAAAGCAGUUAGACAUGGUAUUGUAUUCAAGAAAGUCGCAGAAGAUAAAUGACAGAGAGAAUUCAGAUUCUACAUCUAAUAUGGUUUCACAAGAUUCACCAGACAAGCACAUUACUGAACCAAGCCCAAGAAAAGGAACCAACCGUGUUGUACCAGCAUUUCGCAGGUCCAAAGUAAGAGGAGCUAUUUUAAACGACACUGAAGAAUAAAAACGAUCGCGGAUAGCUUUAAGAAAGGAUCCUGACUCUAUGUUGCAUUGUAUGGGUUGUUAUUGAGAUUAUUAGCUUCUGCUUUGUUCUUCAUACACUUCAUCAUGCGUAAGUCGAUAGUGCUAGGUUUCUUCUCAGUAGUGCGUAUUUCCGUCAAAUCAUCCAAUCACUGGAUUUGUUUCAAGUUGGGAAAAGGAAAUUUAUAUCAGGCUGCAUCUCGUGAUGCUUAUAUUCCGACUGUUUGUACAGAUUCUUGUGAAACAUUGGUUUUGUUUAUGACCAAAAAGUGGAAAAAAUCUGGAGUUUCUUAGUUUAGGUCUUGACAUUUUCUAGUUAUCGCUUUAUUAUUUCUGUAAACGUACCACAUGUUCUCGAACAAAUGGUGGAAUUUUUCAAAAUUACAUUUAAACGGGAUUCUCGUUUGCCCUCUGCUUAAGCAACAUUCCAAUCCGAGCUCCGCAGUUCUUCGAGCUCUGAGCAUUUUCGUGUGCAAUUACCUUUUUGGGCUUGUUUGAGUGAUUAUCAUUUGUAGCCUGUGUCAAACUCUUUCAGAAGAGGCAUCCUCUUUGUUCUCUUGGUUUGCAUUUCUUCCCACUGGAGGAUAAUUGACAAUGUAUCAUGUUACAAUCAAUCAAACAGAAAUGAAACUUC